CGGUGGUCAAAUGCUGUUUGUUGAAAAUAAGUCAUUCAUCGCGGAUACCUGCAUCUUCGUGAGCGAGUAUGUUGUAACAUAUGUGGCAACAUAGAUGAUCUGGAUCUGGAAAAUGAUACAUAACAUUCAUCAUCGAAUGCAUCGGAAUACACCGUCUGCCACUUCGACCGAAAUUCAACGAGUGCAACGUGUGCAGCGUGUUGAAACAGCCAGUGUCGACAACUUGUCAAGCCAUAUCACCUCACCACAUGUCUGUUUCAUGGGAAAAGCUUCAUCGGUGAUAGAUCGUGUCGAGAUCUUCUGGUGUACACUUUCUAUUUGGUUGAAUUCCUUCUCCGAAGUAGUCUUACAUCUGUCUUUCAAGCUUCAAUUCCCUCAUCAAGGCAAUAUGUCAGAUCAGUCGAACAGUACCUUUUUACAUUUCAUCCUGGUGAAAGCUUACCUACCUAUUUUGAUCGACGGUCAUAGGUCGUGGAUGCCUUGCUUUCAUACGCGUUUCUGUACGCCGUCGAUUAAGAAUAUCCCGCAAAUACGAUUUUGUGUUGAAAAACUUUUGAUAAUCUUGAUCACAGUGAAGCAUCUAUCAGUUUUUCCCAACCGUGAAAGAUGAUGCUAAGUAUUAGGUAUGUUAAAAGAGCAGGAUUUCACGAUUAUAGAUCUCGAUGACAAGAAGACACCCAAUAUGGGAAGUCGUGCCUUCCAUUUUUGAAAAUGUUGAAGCUCAUCAAGGUAUACAAUACCGUCAUCGGAGCAGCUCUGUCUCCUUGUUAUAUCUGCCUCCUUUUACUUCCUCCUGUCAGAAUUCAAGAAUUCCUUCUGCACUUUUAUUAUUACAUUCUAUUAGAUCAAACUCGUAGAAUCCAACAACUCCAACUGCUCCUUCUGUUAUCUUACAAUAAUUCAAGAAUCAAAAUGGAUGAGUCAAAGAGCACAACAGGUACCUCUUGUUCCGAUGAUAUAAGUGAGAAACAGGAACCUCAAUUUUGUUUGAGAUGGGAGAGAUAUUCAUACGCACCACAGAGGCCUCGAGGCACUUCAAUCAUCUUAAGGGACGAUGAAAAUGCUCGUAAUCUCUCUCCUGUCAUCAAAUACUCCAUCUCUAUUGCCGUUUUAUACACAGCUUUUGUGGCGUAAGUUCUCAUAACUGUCAUCAUAUCAUCAUGUACCCACGUGCUCAUCAUAUGACAGAACCUUUGGAAAUUCGACUUAUACUGGAGGUAUGCCGGGUGUCAUGACAUCUUUUGGGACUUCCAAAACACUGGCCACCAUUCCAAUAUCCUGCUACUCUGCUGGACUUGGUAUCGGUGCGUUAUUCUCAACAGCAUUCUCGGAAGUCUUCGGUAGAAGAAUAGUCUACAGAGUCACUGCACCAUUAGCACUGGUUUUCACACUUUUAGGAGGUUGUGCUACAAAUUUUGGUACUGUUGCUAUUGCCCGAGCACUCGCUGGUCUCUUCGCAUCUCCUUGUCUGACAGUCGGCGGAGGAAUUAUAAGUGAUGUAUGGAAUAUAAGUCUUGAAAAAACUGGAACCAUAUUUGCUGCGUUGUUCGUACUUUUUGUCGUCGCUGGUACCCGUAAGUACACCCGAUUCUUUGAUGACACUCCUUAACGUCCAAAUUUUGCCUCAUGCUUUGUCUUGUACCAUCUCCCGGUUCUUAAUACAGAUAUUUGUCCCUCAUUUCCUCCAAGAGCUUUCUUGAUAUGAGAUUACUAACACACCAAUGUUCAGAGACUGGGCCAAUGGCCGGCGCGGCGAUAAUAACAAAUCAUUCUUGGCGGUGGGAAUUCUGGGUCUCAGCUAUCCUUUUCGGAGGAUCUACAAUCAUUGCCUACUUACUACCCGAGACAUACCAACCGCAAAUACUGCGUCAACGAGCGGAAGCUAGAAUGGGCCUUAUUGCCACCAGAGCUACACUUACCAGACUCGUUCUUACUUCUCUCGGACGGCCUUUACAUAUGCUCUUGGUUGAACCCACAGUUUUUCCAACUGGUUUAGUUAUGGCUAUUACACAAUCUGUUGUCUUUUCAUAUUUUGUUUCUUAUGCUACUCUGUUUCAAAAAAUCUAUCAUCACUCUCCUUAUGCGGUUGGAAUGGCAUUUUGCCCUUUGAUAAUUGGUAGUAUAACAGCAAUUCCUACGAUUGCUAUUUUCGAUCAAAUAUUUUACCGAAAACCAAGAAUUGAAGCAAUUCGUACAGGGACAAAGGUGGCACCAGAAAAGCGUUUAUAUCCAGCAAUGCUAGGUUCCAUCACGCUCCCAAUUUCUUUAUUCUGGUGAAUAGGAAAAUCUCUCCUCAUCCUUUACUUUACUGACAGAAUAAUCAGGCUAGCAUGGACAGGUCGCGCAGAUAUCCCUUCAAUCAUCCCCAUUCUCUCUGGCGGACUAUUUGGCUUCUCAUUUGUCUUAACAAUGGUAUGUCUGUCAAUACAAGUACAAAGAUUCUAGACUAACCAAAUAUCCUCUCAGCUAUGCCUCCCAGUUUAUCACAGUGACUUCUACACUGCUCACUAUAGCGCUUCAAUGUUAGCCGCCUUAACAUUCAUGCGUUUCUUCAUCUCAGCCUCUUUCCCUCUCAUCACACCAACAAUUCUCGAUAUACUGGGCUUUACGUGGGCAACUUCUAUGCUAGGAUUUGUUACUGUGGCUUUGAUUCCAAUACCUUGGAUCUUGUAUCGAUUCGGUCCAUAUUUAAGAACUAAAAGUUGUUAUAUACAGGCAUAAGCAUAAGUAUAUACAAAUUGCUGGAUCUCGUAGUAUUCAAU